CAUAAUCGGAGUGGAUCAAAUGAAGAGAUGAGUGAUAUGAUAUGAACAACUGUCUGUAUUUUUGUCGCUUCUAACAUGAAAAACUUGUGUGCGCUUAUUUUGUUUGGGAAGUCGUAAAGAAACAUCACAAAGUAGAAGUUUUUGUAUUGAAUUGUUAUUAGCCACAGCUAGGCAACCAGCGUCAUAAACAGAGGAAUUCUAUCCAAACAAAAUGAUGCAUAAUUCAGGUGCCAAGUGUUGGAACAGUUUAAAUCAACCUGUGUUACAUGGAGAAUAUUUUACUCCAAAUGCAAAAGAUAUCUGUAAGAAAUGCAAAUGCCUUGCUGGACAAGCUAUGGGCUGCUUCUUUGAGAAAUGUCCUCAAUUACCUGGUUGUGAUCGUUAUAAACAAGUUGAGGGAACCUGUUGUGAAUUUGAGUGUUUACAAGGUAAUGGGCUAUCAGGCAAAACAGAAUUUGCAGUGCUGUUCUCAUUAAGCACUGGGUUGGUGGUUUUGUUGAUUAUACUUUUUUUGGUGCUUUACUGUCAACAUCAGAGAAUCAAAAAGUCCAAAAAACAAAGUGAAAUGACAAAAACACAAUCUGCUACCGAACAGUCACAAUCAACAACUCCAUGCUCUCCUGGUGUCAUUACACCACCAGUUGAAACAACUCCACAAGGUCAUACUGAGUUGCCACCACCAUACUCAGCAGAGCCGCGCUGUCGUGUUGUAAAUGGUCCUGGAACAAGAACUCCACCAAAUGAACCUCCACCUCCUUAUGCUGACAAGGAGGAAUCUGCUGUUUAAGCUUCCUUCUUAUAAUCACAAAAUGUUUCCUAGGAUUGAACAAACCUUAUAACUUAAAACAAAUACCACUAGUGAGACAUGUUUGUAGUAGACAUAUCAAGUAUAAAAAUAUGAACUCCUAUGAUUCAGCAUGUAAAAUUGUUUUAUAUCUUUUUAUCAAGAAUAGCUUAGUCAAGUAUAUAACUAUUUUUGCAAUAAACAUUUCUAGAAACA